AUGAUGAUUAAUAGGAUGAUUUCACCGGUGACGCUGAGGCCAUAUGUGCGGAUUCCAAAAAGACAUUUUCACAUUACCUAUAGGACGUUAGACGAUGAUCUCCCAAAAGGUCCGAGCUUUGACACACACCAAUUUGUGAAAGAUUUAACGAAAGAAGGAUUCACAGAGGAGCAAGCACGGGCAGCAGUGAAAAUAGUAUCGAAGUCAAUUUGGAAUGGAGUCGAGAGAUAUGCAUCAAAUAUGGCAACUAAAGAGGUUCUUAAUAAGAUGUCGUAUCAGCAGAAAGUUGACUUUGCGAAAUUGAAAGGCGAACUUCAGAUGAUUGAUAAGUCAGAGUUUAACUCUCUUAGGAACGAGCAAGAGCGACUUCAGAAUGAUAUUGAGAAGAUGAGUACAAAGUUUAAAGAGGAGAUCAAUAAAAGUUUAUCGAGCGUGAGGUUAGAUCUCUCUUUGGAGAAGGGAAGGAUAAGGGAAGAAUCAUCCACAUACGAUUUGAAAAUCAAGGAAACGGACACGCGGAUCAAUCAGGAAAUCUACAACUUGAAAGUCCAAAUAGACAGCGUGAAGACGACUGUUCUGCAAUGGCUAUUUGGUGUGUGUACGGGUACAUUUGCCUUAGUUUUGGCAUACGUGAGGUUUGCCAGCUAG